CCUCCCCCCAGGUCGUGCCUGGCGCCAGGGGCUACCGGUAGCAACCGGGAGGAGCAGGCAAGACUAUGAGUUGGGGCGCCCAGGCCAGGCUGAGCCGAUGCGGCCGCGGGCAGAGGCAAACUGUCCCAGGAAACAUUUAUACUCUAAAGCGUCGUGGAAUGGGGAAUACAUUUGAAGCAAAUGGGCUUUGCAUUUGACAGACUCCUGGCCACCCUUCCAAGCCGCCUGCUGGCAUUGAGCAAGGAGUUUGAUUUUGGGACCAGCUCUUGGAUGCAGUUUUCUUGCCGUGUGCAGUUCUAGCUCCCCUCCCUGACCCUUUUGCAAAGUCCCUGACAUUGAAGAGGGCCUGUGUCACCAUCCGCUGUCCAAAAAGGAGGUUCCAAAAGGGAGGGCUCCGGGGAAGUGGGCUUCUAAGGAUGGGUGGCUGUCCCUUCUUGUCCGAAGUUCAUUGUGAAGCUCACACAACCCCCGGAAUUAGUGCCGGCCUGGUCGAUUCCACUAUCUCUGACUCCUUCCCGGCCUUGGACCAAAAGGCCCCGCCCGAGUCCACCCCUGGGAGCUGGCAUCAGCUGCAGGGGUGGCUCAGGCGCCAUGAGCACCCCUGCGAGGUGCCACCCAGAGGCGUGGGUGUUCCUUGUGGGCAACCCCGGCUCCAGCCUGUUAGACUAUGGGUCCAGCCUAGCUAUUGUGAAGCGACAUUUCCUGGGACCUAACCCGGACCUCAGUCCACCUGGGGUGAGAACCCCUUUCUCCAAAUGUCGUUGCAUCCCUUCUUAGGUGGCUCGAGCGGAGGCACAUGUGGUCUUGGGGAGGCGGGGUAUGGAGUGCGGGGCUCUUGGCCUUGGCUGGCAGCCUUCUGCAGACUAUGAGUGCUCAGUGGUCUGCAGUUUCUUUCCUCCUGGCAGCACCCAAGAUGGGCCUAAAAAAGACCAGGGGAUUGGACCAGGACUUCUGGGAGGAUCAUUCAGGGCUAUAGGACUCUUAGAGGGUGGACACAUAUCUUGAGUUUCCAAGGUUUCAGAUCUUGAAGUGGAGGGAAAAUACUCGAAGUAGGAGUCUUUUGUGUCUGCAACGGAAAGAGGUUCCCUGGCCGCUGGCUCUUUUGCACAUCUUCAUAGACACCCUCGUCACGUUGGUGGUGGCUUCCCUAGCCUCCUUAUUUGCUCCCUUGAUUUCUUUUCACAUUGGCUGAGAGAUGCAGAGGGUAACCCAGAGGGGCGCCUUGGGGAAGCAGCUUUAAAAAUUUGUCUUCAUCCACUCUGGCCCCAAAGAGUGCCAUAGCUCUGAGGCCACUCAGGGACAAAUUCAGGGUGAACCUAGGAGCCCCCAAGUUCACUCAGGCCCGGCUGCUGCUCUUCUUGGUGACAGGAGAGCGCAGAUGCAAGCCAUUUCUUGAUUACAAAUGUUAAUUUCUUGCUAAAGCAACCCUUUAAUUUUUCUCUGGAAAGAGCUGUGCCAGGGAGAAGUAUGUCUUGGUACAAACAGGGAUAUUCAUCUCCUUUAUGGUGCAAUAUUGAUUUAUUAUUAAUGAUAACUGUUCCCACUGAUCUAAAGAUGAUCGAGAACAGUGGCUAUGCAGCUACAGUUAAUACUCAUAAGCAAAAUAAAGGCUGUCCUUGAAAGCCACUGCCUUUUCAUUCCAUUUGCUUCAUCUUAGCCUUAGGGUCUUAGGCAAACUUUCCAUCCUCCCCUGCCAUGAUUGUUCUCUUGUAUUAAAAUUAUUUUGUUUGAUUUCUAUGAUAAAAUCUUUCCGAAAUAUUGGCAGUCUCUGGCCUCAAGGAGCUGAUCUGAAGGCAGAAAUUUGAAAAAGAAUAAAAUAUAACUUUGUGAUAAUAGAUUCAAAAUUAUAUCUGGAACACAUUUUUAUUUUUCUGAGUGAAGAUCUAUUUAAAACCAAAUCCAAUGUGGGAGUGACUUUGAGCUCGAAGCCAUCAGGAGUUGAAACAGAAAAGCCCACAGUUCAGAAGGCAGAUCCUGCCUGUCCUGGCUCACCGCAGACCUACCCGCUUUGCGAGGAAUUGCUGUUUUUUAGCCUGGAUGUUUUUUUCAUGUAUAAAUAAAGAUUAUGAAAGGGCAUUUGAUGGGCAUAAAAUUCCUGAUUAGAUUGAACAGUCUUUCCUUUCACAAAGGAUAGGGAGAAUUGGAAUACGGAGUUCCUUGUAGCUCCCCGGCCGAGAUGCAAAGGGACAGUGCUGGAGCGCCAGGCUGGCGUCAGGGCGUCUGCCGAGAGCGCGUGUAGCGGGCACUUUGUCCAGCACUGGGCACGCUAAUCUGUGGCUGGGAUAAUGAUCUCCGCCUUGUGAGAAAGCAAUUUUCGGGGAUGCUGGUCAGUGGCUGUUGGCUUUAAACAGGACCUUAGCAGACUAGAGUCAAAAGUUGGGGGGUUUUUUCCCUCUGCCUUCCUCACCAGCACCACCACCACCCCCAAGCUUAAAAACAGACACUCCUUUUGAGAGGUAAUAUAAUGUUUAAACCUCUGGCUUCGCCGGCCGGCAUCCCAUAGCCGGAGCAGUUAGAGGCACCCGGCUUUUAACCUGACAAUGAUGUUGUAUUUGAACAGCUGCGUAAAGGUUUAAAAGGUCUGUCUCAUUGCCACCGCGGAGUUUUUUAAAAGGGGUUAUUGUUUGGGCGAGGGCACUUUGAGGCGACAGGCGAAGUCGUCCCAAGGCCGAAAAUAAUGUCCACCCCCUGUUUCCACUGGGCCAGGGGAGAUUCCUUUUGGGAAUGGGAGACAAAGGGUUUGUUGGAAAAGAUUUUUGUGAAGGAAUAAGUCCUACGGAAUGCUGAGAUGCUUUAAUAAGCAUCAGGCUCCAGAGAAAUGUUCUGCUGAGGUGGAAACCCAAUUUGCCCACAAGUUCAGUCUCUGGGCCUGAACCCAAGGCCAGCCCAUGGCAGGGCAAUGUGGGGAGAAGAAAGCACGGAUUCCUUCCUGGACAGAGAACUGGUUCAUCAUCAGAGUUUGCAGGGCCCUUUUCCUCUCUCAGAUGCAGGGAAGGGGAUCCGGAAGUUGGAGGAAGGCUCCAGCGCCCUGGCCUGGCCCCUCAACGAGGGCAAGCCUUUGGAAAUCAAGGUUAAAGCUCCCCGCUGCUGCCCCGAGGCCGGAGCUUCCAAAGGGCUGGUUGCCCUCCUGCAACUGGAGAAUGAGGGAGGAAGUUGUUGGAGAAGUUUCUCGUAAAACUCCGAGUUUCCAUGGUGGUGAUGGUGGUGGUUCUUUAAUGAGCUCCACCACAAUCCCAAAGCAAAUCCUCUUUAUAGAACUUUCCCUCACCAAAGGAAAUAGAGGACUAAGGUUCUUUCCUCACCUCCUUAUUUUCUCUCUCCCCUUACCCAAGCAAAUCCAUGUCAAAUAAUUUUAGGAAAUGUCCAAAACUAUAAAACUCAACUUCUGACAAAGUAUAGCUUUUAAUAUUUGACGAUUUGUGUUAAAACAAAAAUUGACCUUCUUGGUUAGUAGCGAAGGGGAAAAAUCAAUAGUAUAAUUUUCAAUAAUUCAUAAAGCAAACGCCAUUAUGCUAAAUCUUAACUAUUAAUCUUAUCCUUUACAAAGUCUCGAUUGAUUUGUUAAUAAAAUAUCUUCCCGUGUGUGGCAACAGCGGGUAUAACUCUUUAAAAACCCUCAGAAGCAAGAAAAUUACCAAGUAGCCCAAGAAUGUAGAUGAGAAUUUUAUUGAUCGCCCUGAUUCUUCUUAAUAUGUAUUAAUAAAUUCCACAACCUUUUGUACCUUGCACUUGUCAGAAACGAAUGCUUUUACAAAAUCCAUAAAAGGAAAACAUAUUUUUCUUUGCAGAAGAACAAAAUGACACUCUGCAUCUCUCUCUCCUGCUUGGCCCAGUCAGUUUUCUAAAACUUCUAGAGUCUGAGGACGAGAGUUUUCCUCCUUCUUUGAAAAAAAAUAUUAUUUUUUCUCUCUUCCUUCCUCUUUGCCCUCUAUUAUCAGGGCGCGUGGGGAGGGAAACCUCAGUUAGUUCUUCCGCCGGGAACAGAAGGGACGCUUUCGCGGAGAGCAAACUGCUCGGCGAGUGAUUGUCUCCGGUCUGAAAGCUCCCAGCGCCCGGCCCACAGAGGUUGGGGUGUGGUAACUCGGAGAGCCCAAGGCUCGGGUAUCCCACUGGGGCACAGAGGGGCCUGGAGCCCGGGCGGGCAGGCCGAAGAGAAGGACAGCGCCGGGGCCGAGUCGGUCCUCGGGGCUCCGGGGCUGGCUAGCUACGUGGCCUCCCUGCCCUCGCGGCCCUUCUUGCCUACGCUCGCAAGGAUACCUUGGCCACGUCUUUGCGCGAGAGAUCUUUCCCGGGUACCCCUGGAGUGGGCGUCUCAGAGCCCGGGGAACCGACUCACCUUCCCAGGCUGCCCAGGACAAAAUUAACCAGCUUGGGCACCCACCCCCGCCCGGGCCCUGGUCCUCUCGGGCGCGUUCUCAGAACCUGGGUGUGUGCGUGGGGAAAUGCUUCUGUGUGCUGGCGCCAGCGCACUUCGGCUUCCCUCCCUGCGCGUGUCCUUCCGGAAACCCCUCCGGCCUAGACUUUCCUUUUGCCGGCGGGGCCCAGAAGCCCGAGUGGGGGACGCAAGUGGGGCGGGCGGGCCGAGCGAGUCCGGGGAAAGCUGGCGGGUGGCGGAGAGUGCUGGGAGGGUUGUCUCCAGCGCGCACUAUCUCAGGCGCGUAGUAGAUGUCGCUGUUGUCCGUACUUACGCGGCUAGCCGGCCGGGCUCUGGAGCACGUGACCUGCGAGGAGGCUGCGGCUCAAGGCCAUUUUCAAAUCUCAUUGGCUUGGUUGUCAUGUGGUCGGCAGAGGCAUCCACAAUUACACGGGGAAUGUUUUCCUAGAGAUGUCAGCCUACAAAGGACACAAUCUCUCUUCUUCAAAUUCCUCCCCAAAAUGUCCUUUCCCAACAGCUCUCCUGCUGCUAAUACUUUUUUAGUAGAUUCCUUGAUCAGUGCCUGCAGGAGUGACAGUUUUUAUUCGAGCAGCGCCAGCAUGUACAUGCCACCACCUAGCGCAGACAUGGGGACCUAUGGAAUGCAAACCUGUGGACUGCUCCCGUCUCUGGCCAAAAGAGAAGUGAACCACCAAAAUAUGGGUAUGAAUGUGCAUCCUUAUAUACCUCAAGUAGACAGUUGGACAGACCCGAACAGAUCUUGUCGAAUAGAGCAACCUGUUACACAGCAAGUCCCCACUUGCUCCUUCACCACCAACAUUAAGGAAGAAUCCAAUUGCUGCAUGUAUUCUGAUAAGCGCAACAAACUCAUUUCUGCCGAGGUCCCUUCGUACCAAAGGCUGGUCCCCGAGUCCUGUCCUGUUGAGAACCCCGAGGUUCCUGUCCCUGGAUAUUUUAGACUGAGUCAGACCUACGCCACCGGGAAAACCCAAGAGUACAAUAACAGCCCCGAAGGCAGCUCCACAGUCAUGCUCCAGCUCAACCCUCGCGGCGCGGCCAAGCCGCAGCUUUCGACUGCCCAGCUGCAGAUGGAAAAGAAGAUGAACGAGCCUGCGAGCAUCCAGGAGCCCACCAAAGUCUCCCAGGUGGAGAGCCCCGAGGCUAAGGGCGGCCUUCCGGAAGAGAGGAGCUGCCUGGCUGAGGUCUCUGUGUCCAGUCCCGAAGUACAGGAGAAGGAAAGCAAAGAGGAAAUCAAGUCUGAUACUCCAACCAGCAAUUGGCUCACUGCAAAGAGUGGCAGAAAGAAGAGGUGCCCUUACACUAAGCACCAAACGCUGGAAUUAGAAAAAGAGUUCUUAUUCAAUAUGUACCUCACCCGCGAGCGCCGCCUAGAGAUCAGUAAGAGUGUUAACCUCACCGACAGGCAGGUCAAGAUUUGGUUUCAAAACCGCAGAAUGAAACUCAAGAAGAUGAGCCGAGAGAACCGGAUCCGAGAACUGACCGCCAACCUCACCUUUUCUUAGGUCCGAGGCCCGUGGGAGGCCAGGAUUGGAGAGGGGGCACCGAGUUCCAGGGCCCAGUACUGGAGGACUGGAAAGGCGGAAACAAAACCUUUAUUGCUCUUUGUUUUUUGUUUUGUUUUUCUGCUAGAAUGUGACUUUGGGGUCAUUCUGUUCGUGCUGCAAGUGAUCUGUAAUCCCUAUGAGUAUAUAUACAUAUAUAUAUUAAAAAACUAGCACGUGUAAUUUAUUAUUUUUUUCAUCAUAAUGCAGGGUAACUAUUACUGCACAUUUUCAUUUGGGUCUUAACUUAUUGGAACUGUAGAGCAUCAAUCCAUUCAUCCAUCCAGCAAUGUGACUUUUUCAUGUUUUUCCUGACACAAAAGGUCUGUGUGUGUGGUUAGUCCAUGAGCUCAUGGCAUUUUGAAUACAUCAGUACUUAAAAGUUCUGAAAUUACAUAUAUAUUUAAAAAAGAUUAAGAAAACUCACAAACUUUGGGGGGAGGGGGACUAAAAAGCACAUUAUAAUGUAUCUUUUCACAAAUGAAUUUAGUAUUUGUCCUUGGUGAGAUGGAAUAUUGACGACUUAUGCCUUGUAGCCUUUCCCUUGUGGUGCAUCUGUGGUUUGGUAGAGUACAACAGCAACCUGUCCUUUCUGUGCAUGUUCUGGUCGCAUGUAUAAUGCAAUAAAUUCUGGAAAUGAG